AUGUCGCUGUUGUACCAAAGUAUUAUGCGGGAUCGGAUCAUCGUCUUCUUCGAGAGAUUUUCUCUCACACGGAGAGGAGAAAACGAAGUCGAUGAUAGCCCUAGGAGCUCUUCGCUUCGCUUGUCGGUUUUUAAGAGUACACCGUCAUGGACAACAUCGACGACGAAUAUGAACGGCUUGUGGAACAUCUUCACAACUGUACGAGGAAAACGAAGAGUUUCAAAACCACCAAGAGAUGCCUGUCUCCGAAAACUCUACAGCUUAGAGCUAAUACAUCAGCGUGGAGCUGCACGAGCUGCGGGCAACCAAGAACUCACGUCUGAGCUCGCCAGGCUUUGCAGAGAGACGAUAAAAGAAGACCUCGAAGAGAGAAGAGCAGAAGUGUUGGCUGAAGCUGCAGAGGCGGGACAGAGCAUUCGCUACACCCGAGACGGAAACACGGAAUAA